GCUGGGUUGGCUGCUAGUUCUGCUUGUCUCAUUUGUAAACAGGGCUUUUGUAGCAAGUCUCCAUUUUUAUUGUGCGACGCCGAAGCUGCCAUGGGGGGAGUCCUGGGUCUGUGUACCGCAGCGAGCUGGAUCCCCUGCCUGUGUGGCAGUGCACCAUGCCUGCUGUGCCGCUGCUGCCCAAGUGGGAACAAUUCCACAGUCACUCGACUUAUCUACGCUGCCUUUUUACUUCUUGGGGUUGGAGUUGCCUGUGUAAUGUUGAUGCCAGGAAUGGAGGAACACCUUAAAAAGAUUCCAGGCUUUUGUGAGGAUGGAAUGGGUACGUCAAUCCCAGGAGUAAGUGGCCACGUUAACUGUGACGUGCUGGUUGGGUACAAAGCUGUAUAUCGUGUGUGCUUUGGAAUGGCCAUGUUUUUCCUCCUCUUUUCUCUUCUUAUGAUUAAAGUGAAGAGUAGCCAGGAUCCCAGGGCUUCUGUACAUAAUGGAUUCUGGUUCUUUAAGUUUGCGGCAGCCGUUGCAAUUACUGUUGGUGCAUUUUUCAUCCCAGAAGGACCAUUUACAACAGUCUGGUUCUAUGUUGGAAUGGGUGGUGCAUUUUGCUUUAUUCUUAUCCAACUUGUGCUGCUGAUUGACUUUGCUCACUCCUGGAAUGAAUCCUGGGUUGAAAAGAUGGAAGAGGGUAAUUCUCGAUGCUGGUAUGCAGCUCUGCUCUCAGCUACUGCCAUUAACUAUGCCUUAUCACUGGUUGCAAUAGUGCUUUUCUAUGUCUACUACACUCACCCUGAAGGCUGCGCUGAAAACAAAGCUUUUAUAAGCGUGAAUAUGCUAUUGUGUAUCGGAUCCUCUGUAAUGUCAGUUCUACCUAAAAUCCAGGAAUCUCAGCCUAGAUCUGGUCUUCUACAGUCAUCUGUGAUAACCAUUUACACAAUGUAUUUGACCUGGUCAGCCAUGACUAAUGAACCAGAUCGCAAAUGUAAUCCAAGCCUGCUUGGCAUAAUCGGAUACAAUACCACAACCACUCCAGGCCAGGUUCAGGUUGUGCAAUGGUGGGAUGCUCAAGGAAUUGUGGGACUUGUCCUCUUUCUGCUCUGUGUCCUGUACUCCAGUGUUCGGACCUCAAAUAACAGCCAAGUUAACAAGCUGACUUUGACCAGUGAUGAGGCCACACUCAUAGAGGAUGGAGCCAGGAGUGAUGGUUCUCUAAGCGACACUGAUGAUCACCGCGCUGUUGACAAUGAACGUGACGGAGUUACUUAUAGCUAUUCCUUCUUUCACUUCAUGCUUUUCCUGGCUUCACUCUAUAUUAUGAUGACUCUUACCAACUGGUACAGUCCUGACUCUACUUAUGAGACGAUGACUAGUAAGUGGCCUUCGGUCUGGGUGAAGAUGUCUUCCAGCUGGGUGUGCAUUGUUCUGUAUGUGUGGACACUUGCCGCUCCAUUGGUGUUAACCAAUCGUGACUUUGAUUAGUAAAAGAAGAAAAAGGUGUUUGUGUGCAAUUUCUCUAACUGUGCCAGGAGCACUAAGCUAUAUAGACAUUUGCCGGUUUUGCAUGCUUUUGUCCUAACAAUUCCCUUGCAUGAUGCCACAGUAUAUGGACAGUAAAACUAGCUACUUGAAGCUGUGUUCCUUAGCCAUUUGUAUUAACCAUAUGCAUUGCAGUCUAACAUUAAAUUGCUUCUCUAGUUUUGACUUACUGAACAGUAGUAUUGGGGCACGAACUGUUGUCACUGUAAUCAUUCAACGAUCCAUUGGUAUUAUUGUGUAUUUGUCACAUUUUUGGUAUAAAUGUGUUCACAAGUUGUAUGCUGUGGUAGAAUAAAGUGAUUCCUCACUUGAACAUAUUUAGUCCAGUGUUUGCUGGUAUUGGACAACUUACCCAGGAAUAAAUCUUUACCUAAAACAUACCCAUAGUCAGGGCAGUAUACAACAAAUACAGCUCACUCAAUAUAAUCCACAUUAUGGCAGAUGGGAUAUUUCCUGUUUAAACAAAGUAUGCAGAUUUUUCAAAAUCAAAGUUGUAGGCACAGCCAUUUUUUAUCUGAGAACAUUAUAUGGAGCAGCUCCAUCCUAUUGGAUAUAUUGAUUAUAUCUAGAAAACCACAAGGAAAGGUUAGUAAGUUAUAGUGCAGUGUUUUAUCUAACCUCUGUGCAUGGUUUUUGGAUCUCCUUAACAGAACACUUGGUGGACUCCGAUCUUAUGACGCACCAUUUCACUUUUGUUCUGUUUGUAGAGAUCUACAAAAAAAACCUUUUGCUGAAUAAAUUAGAGAGGUGAAAUACAGGUCAGUAGUUGCAGUGACUAAUGCAUAUUGAGAGAUGAUGGUAUUUGUAUUUACAUUGUGUGGUUAUAGAAAACUGACAGUGUAGUCAGCAUGUGCAAUUUUUGUUGUAUUAUGUAAUACAGAAAGUGUGUGAUUUAUAUGUAUUUUUUUUGUUUAUGAAUAAGACAUGCUUAGUACUUGUUACUUUGUAUGCGUUAUAAAACCAAUCUUGUUCUUUCCAGAAUGAUUCAUUAGCUCAUCUUAUUUGUACCUAACUCUGUGGAACCAUUACUGUUUAUCCUAUUGAAUAAAGCAGUAAACUGAA